AUGAACAAUAUAAAAAGUUAUAGCAAACUUCCUUAUAUCUACAUAAGCGAACUAGGUGGCAGGUUUUUACUAGAUACAGGUGCGUCACAAUCGUUAAUUAAUCCAAAAGUCUUUCAUAACAACCCAGAUUUUGACUAUAAAAUAAAAAAAGAAACUCAUUUCAUUAAAACAGCGCACGCUACAUCAAAACACAACCAAAUAGUAUUUAUCACCCUACCAGAAAGAUUAUUCAGACAAAAGAUAACACAUAAGUUUCUUAUUUUUAAUUUUGACUCGGAUUUUGUUGGAUUACUAGGAUUAGACUUUCUAGCCCCAUUAAACUGUAAAAUAGACAUAAAAAACAUGACACUGCACACAGACACCACUAAAAUACCUAUUAGGGACGAUAUAAAAGCAUACAGCAAAAUAGAACCCAAAUGCGAACAAGUCGUAAACUUGCUAUGCAAUUAUAAAGAAGGUGAAUACUACUCAAAAGGAAAAACCAUGAAAAGUGGGCUAAUUUUUCCACCGGCGUUAGUAACAGUCAAAAACGGAAACGCCAUAACAACAGUAAUUAACACUUCAGAAAAUAAAAUUAUCCUUAAAAACAGUCAUCAUGUAAACCUGCAGCGCCUUACUUCAGACAAAAAGUGUAUAAACCAUAAAUACAAACAAAACGAUGAAAACUUAGAUAAACUAUUAAAACAAAAUCUAGAAAGACUCAGAACGACCCACAUGAAUCAGGAAGAAUACCGCGAAAUUAAAAAACUUUGCUAUAAUUAUAGAGACAUAUUUCACUGUGAGGAAAUCCCAUUAACAUUCACACAUGAAAUAAAACAUCAAUUAAGAUUAUCUGAUAAUAAACCAAUCUAUGUACGAAAUUAUAGACAGGCACCAAAACAAAAAGAGGAAAUAAAAACACAAAUAAACAAACUCCUCGAACAAAACAUAAUACAAGAAAGUAAUUCCCCAUGGUCUUGCCCGGUACAUAUCGUACCCAAGAAACCAGACGCAACAGGAGAACAAAAGUACAGACUUGUAAUAGACUACAGAAAAUUAAACGACAAAACUAUAAAAGAUAAAUACCCAUUACCAAACAUAGAUGACAUAUUAGAUAAGUUAGGACGAGCUCAGUAUUUCACUACUCUAGACUUAGCGUCUGGUUACCAUCAAGUAGAAAUGCAUCCGGAGGACAUUGAAAAAACCGCAUUCACAAUCGAUCGAGGACAUUAUGAAUUCCUGAGAAUGCCGUUUGUUCUAAAAAAUGCCCCUAGCACUUUUCAAAGAUUAAUGGACUCGGUACUAAGAGGCAUAGACAACGUACUAACGUACCUUGAUGACGUAAUUAUUUACUCGACGUCCUUACAGGAACACCUAAAUAAAUGCAAACAGGUAUUUGAAAGAUUCAGAUCCCAUAACUUAAAGAUUCAAUUAAAUAAGUCAGAAUUUCUACAAAAGCAAGUGAAAUUCUUAGGACACACGUUAACAAACAAGGGCCUUAUGCCGAACGAAGAUAAAAUAGCGGCAGUAAAAAAAUUUCCAAUACCAAAAACACAGAAAGAAAUAAAAUCAUUUCUAGGACUAGUAGGCUACUACAGAAAGUUUAUACAAGACUUUGCAAAAUUAACCAAACCACUAACCAAAUGUUUAAAAAAAGGUAGUAAAAUCAACUUAACGCCCGAAUACACACAAGCAUUCGAAAAAUGCAAGGAGGUGUUAAUUAACGCACCAAUAUUACAAUAUCCGGACUUCGACAAACCUUUUAUACUCACCACAGAUGCAUCAGACGUAGCAAUAGGCGCAGUACUAUCACAAGGAACAAUAGGAACAGAUAAACCAGUAGCUUACGCCUCUCGAACAUUAUCAGACACAGAACAAAAAUACUCUACAAUAGAAAAAGAACUUCUAAGUAUAGUCUGGGCAAUAAAAUACUUUCGCCCUUACCUAUAUGGUAAAAAGUUCACCAUAUACACAGACCAUCGCCCGCUAACAUGGAUAAUGUCCAUAAAAGACCCCAACUCAAAGCUCACACGCUGGCGCCUAAGACUAGCAGAAUAUAACUAUGACGUACAAUAUAAAAAAGGCAAAGCCAACACAAACGCGGACGCCCUAUCAAGAGUACAAAUAAUUCACCAUAACCAAUUAGAUAAUAACCCACAACCAAGUACUUCAGCGGAAGACAUAGACUUGGAAAACAUAGACAUUAGAACACUAUUAGAUAUACCAAUCACGCCCGAUAACACAAGUCAACCACAGGAAACGGAAACACAAUGUGACAUUAUAAUACCGCAUCAAGAACAAAUACAACCCUCGCAAUCGAAAACUAAUAAAACAAGCACUGAUAACAUACCAAAAAUAGACGACGCAAUUGAUAGACAAUUAAAACAGUUUCACAUCAGAAAAACACCGGGAGAUACAUAUAGAAUAGACGAUAGAUCAAAAGGAAAAAUAGUAAUUAAAGAUGUAUGGAUCCCAAUAAACAAUACAAGAGAGCAAAUCAUACAAUUCCUAAAAGAACACACAAUACCAGAUAGAAUUUUCCACUGUUAUUUCCAUCACGAGGAAUACUUUCCAAUAUUUUGUGAAGCAUACAAAACUAUAUUUAAUAAUCGCGGACCGAAAUUAAUAAGAUGCAUGAAUAGAGUCACUUUAAUCGAGAACAUUCCCGAGCAAAUAGAAUUGAUCAGAAAAUAUCACGAAGGUAAGACGAUACACAGAGGAAUUCAAGAAACAUACAAACAUAUUCAUAGAAACUAUCACUGGCCUAAUAUGCUAACUUCAAUUCAAAAAUUUAUUAAUAAAUGUGACAGCUGUUUAAAAAGCAAGUACGAACGUAACCCAUUAAAACUUCCCCUAUCUCUAACAGACACACCGCAUAAACCAAUGGAACAUAUGUUUAUGGACUUGUACAGUAGUGGAGGUACAACAUUUUUAACUAUCAUAGAUAACUUCACAAAAUACGCCCAAGCAAUACCUCUAACCGCUUCAACCAGCAUUCACAUAGCUGAGGCCCUAUUGAGUCUAUUCUCAGUAAUAGGAGUACCCAAAAAGAUUACAACAGAUUCCGAUUCAAAAUUUGACAAUGAAAUAAUAACAGACAUAUGUGCAAUACACAAUAUACAUAUACAUUUUACCACACCUUACAACCCCAAUUCUAAUUCACCUAUAGAAAGAUUACACUCCACACUAGCAGAAAUCAUUAGAAUACAACGUUUAACAGACAAAGACGAAUCUACCAACUUAAUGAAAUACGCGAUAAUAGCCUAUAACAACACGAUUUAUUCAGCCACAGGGUUUACGCCCUUUGAACUACUAUACGGACACACAGACAGUAGAAAUCCAUUAGAACUUCACUGCCCCAAAGAAUUCUACCAAGAAUAUGUCACUAAACAUAAACAAAUCAUGGAAAAUACACAACAAUUAAUAAACAACAAGUUAUUAACCGAAAAACAACAAGUAAUAGAAAAAAUCAACAAAAAUAAAGAAACAGCACAAUUUAAAGUAGGCGACAUAGUAUAUAAACAAGUAGCGAAAACGGCUAGAAAUAACAAGCUCGAACCAAAGUACUUAGGACCCUAUACGAUUGUACGAAUACACCCAGAGCAAAUCGCGGAAAUCAUAGGAAAACACGUAAACGCUAAAACAAUUAGAGUCCACUUCCGCUUAUUAAGGCGCCCGGAAAAUGUUUCAGGAACGCCAUCGCCUGCCUCGCAGCACUCCAGCUCGCCACAACAACAGCAACCAUACAGCCAAUAG